AUGUCCUCGAACGUAGGCCUCACCACCCCGCGCGGCAGCGGCACAUCAGGCUACGUGCAACGCAACAGCGCAUUCAUCAAACCCCGAGCCGCAGGCUACGGUGCACCCUACCCGUCACCCUCAUCCGGCGGCUUCAAGCAGCGUCUUCCAGACAAACAAAUCCUCGAACAUGACCGUCUGCGCGCGAUCGAAGUCCAAGUAAUGGAAGAGCGGGAGCGACUGGAAGAAGAGAAUGAGCGCAUCGAGGAGGAAAUGUCCAAGAAGAAGAAGAAGACUGAUAAAGAGGAGGGGGAGCAGGACGAGGAGAGGGUUUUGACAGAGGAGGAGAUUGAUGCGCGGUGUGAGGUUUUACGGCAGAGGUUGUUGAAGGAAGGCGAGAGUGGGAAUGGAAAUGGGCAAGUGAAGGGGAAGGCGUUGAAGAGGUAUCAGGUUCAUGAGCUUGCGGAGGCGAAGAUUGAAGAGAGUGAGAGGUUGAGGAGGGCUUUGGGGCUUAAGGAGGAUAGGGAUACCGGGGAGAUCAGUAGUAAGAAGUGGGAGAGGAGACGGGAUUAG